AAGGGAGCUGCGCAAUAGGAAGCCGGCAGAGAAGAGGCUGCUUGGUCUCAAGUGAUCUGAAAAAUUAAUUGCUGCUCUGGGGUUGAGUGGACCAGUUGCCAAAGUGAAAAGCUUCCCUCUAACUGGCCCUGUAAGCUGGAGGAGGAGGGGCCAGGAUCUUGCUGAGCCAGAGUGCUGAAAUGACAGACAGAAGUCUGGCAGUUCUGUUCCUGGGCAGAUGGAUCACCUGAUGUAGAUGUUAGGGCUCAAGCCCUGGGAUUGGCCUAAAACAGGGCUUUGUUGACCUUGGCAUCCUGUCAAGCUGCGGUCACAUCCACACGUAAUACUAACAGCCUAGAAAUAGUGCUGCGGUAGCCUGCCUGACUCAGCGUGAACAAGGAAGCCGCCAUGCAGGUGCUAACCCAGCGCUACCCUAAGAACUGCCUGCUGACCGUCAUGGACCGGUACUCGGCCGUGGUGCGCAACAUGGAGCAAGUGGUGAUGAUCCCCAGCCUACUGCAGGACGUGCAGCUGAGUGCACACGGGCUCCAGGCCCAGCCUGGGACCCCUGAUCUCUACAACUGCUUCACCAUGCUCAAGGCCAUCCGUGUGGAUGUGGACCAUGGGCUGCUGCCCCGGGAGGAGUGGCAGGCCAAGGUGGCAGGUGGCAAAGCCAGUAAGGCUGAGGAUGAAGCUGCAGAGACAGAGGAGGCCGAGGAGGAGAGGGUCGCGGGACAGCUGGACCUAGAAGCCCAGUUCCACCUGCACUUCUCCAGUCUUCAUCACGUCCUCACCCAUCUUACCCUGAAAGCCGAGGAGGUGACAAGGAAAUACCAGGAGAUGAUGGGAGAGGCCAUGUAGUCCUUGGACUCUACGGAAGGUAAUGAUCACUCUAUGUGAUAGCAGGCAGACUCUGUGAGGAGGACAUGGAGCUGUUCACUAGCCCUGAUGCGACCAGAAAGGCCUGGACCUGCAGCUGGAAGCGAAGGCGACUUGGUCCUCUGGGAAGCUUCCCUCCCUCCCUCUGAGCACCAAUUCAUGGCCUUUCCACCGGGUCACUUUAGGGAUGCUUGUUGCUAUCCACAACUCCCCUCAUUCCUCUGACAAGCUUGGGUGGUGGCCAGUGGUUCACGAGGGAACAGAUGUUACCUGACCAGUGUGUGGUCUGGUAGAAAUGGCGUGGGUUUAAGCAUCUGCCCAACCAAAGUUCCCAUCCCUCCUCUUGGCAGUCAUUCAGUAUGUGAUCCUGGGCAAGUUAUUUAAUCCACUGGAAUCUAAAUUUCCUCAUCUAUGACGUGGGGAUAGUAUUACCUACCCCACAGAGAGGUUAUGAAAAUUAAACAAGAUGAUGAAUCAAAAGCACCUGGCACCUGAGAGCUCUUAUUCUAGCCUGUUUUCUUCUCAGCUCACCUUGCAUUUGCUCCAGCUGUUGAUUUUACUCUCCAGAACCAAGGGAGAGCAGAAUGCCUUGGGAUGAGUGGUUCACUCUUGUACCUGCCAAGCACAGGUGAACUAUAAACCUGUUUAUUGCAGUAGCAAUAAAAAAAUAAUACAUUA